AUGACUGACAUAGAACUCAACCAGGUUUCCGACCCCCGCGAAUCUCGACCUGUAGUAGGCAACCGACAACCCUCUCGCUUUGUCACUGUCGACAGCGUCCUCCAGUAUGCUUCCGAUAUUCCAUCCAUGCAAAAGAGACAGCCUCAGCGGCCUCGACCAUUCCGAACUGGCUCCGGCAAACCUGUCGAUCCUAGGCUGACUGGCCGAUAUGUGGUCCCCCAUAUACCCUCUCGAUCGACCAAGACAUCCGAGAAACUGGUUUUGUUACCCGAAUCAGUGGAGGAAGAAGAGGAGAGGGACGGGUUCUUGUCGGAUGCAGACAAGGGCCCACCCAGAGAUGACGAAGACUAUCGCAAAGCCGGGAAAGAAGGUGUUAAAAGCUAUGCAGAAAGGCUACCCAAGUCGAGGCGCACAGAGAAUGAGCUCCCUAGAGUGACCGCGUACUGCACGGCGCAAGCAUUUAAACUACAAUCUGCUGCGACCUUCGUGCGACAACGGCACGGUGCGCGCGCCAAACUUUACGAUGACAGCUUGUAUUCUGCAUACCAUCUGCCGUUACUGCCUGGCAACGAUGGAUAUCGGAUCCGAAGCAGUCCUCCUGUGCAGAGUGCCAAAGGUGGAACAGUGUUGGACGAGGCCAUCGAGCGCAGUGAACAGAGAGACUACCAGGAACCAUACUAUGCGGAAGAAGAAGAGGAGCACUCCGUCAGGGGCACAUACACACCGGAAGAUCAUUCGAGUGACACGCAAAGCAACACCAGUGAGUCGGACCGAGCUCGUAUCAAUGGGCAGCGACGAGAUAGCAAUCCUUCCCAACGACCCAAAGGUUUAGGACCAAGUGUACCUGUUGAUGCGUACCGAUAUGCGGAGAUGUUUAUCUUCAGCUACGGCGUGGUGGUGUUUUGGAAUUUUACCGAAAGACAAGAGAAGGACGUUCUAGCCGACUUUGCUUUCGCGACGGUCGUUGACCCCCAGACGCAUGUUGUGUCCCCGGUGUCCCUCAUCACCAAUCCCUUGGACGAAGAAGACUUUGAGACGGAAGAAUUCCACUUUGAAUACAACAACGAGAUAUCCCGUCCACGGGUAUAUAACGACAUGAUCACUCUACGCAGCGGAGACCACAUGAUCAAGCUAGCCAUCAGCCACGCCAUUGCACAGAGCACAAAAUUGAGUUUCUUUGAGGAAACUAUGGCUGCACAGAUGGAAGCGGCAAAAGACGUUCCUGGCCGUCUAGCCAAGACCGGCGAACUUGGCUUGAAGCGGGAGGAGGUGAUCAAGCUGCUGGGCGGCCUUUUCAAGAGUCGAGUUGAAGUCAACUUGUCAUCGAACGUGCUUGAUGUGCCCAACCUGAUCUGGGAUAGCGAACCGACACUACAUCCACUGUACAACGCAGUGCGUGAGUAUCUGGAAAUCAAGCCUCGAAUCCAAGUACUCAAUGAGAGAUGUCGCGUGUUCCUCGACCUGGCCGAAGUCCUGUCAGACUAUAUCUCCGACGACAAGAUGUCGAGGAUCACUUGGAUUAUCAUCGUGCUGAUUCUUAUCUCCAUCCUCGUGACAUGCUCGGAGGUGUUUGUACGCUUUGGGAUUCUUACCACAAAGGGCGUAGCAAAGGGGCAGUCUACAUUGCAUCGACUAUCUGUGAACAGCGAGCUAUAA